GGCCGGGCCGGCGGGGCCCACGUGCGCGGCGCCCGGAGCCGGCAGAGCGCGGUCACCAUGUGUUUCCCUGAGCGAGCCGGCGGUCGGGGAAGCGCCUGAGCGUCCUCUGCCCGCGAUGCUGCGGGGCUACGCAACGCGGCCGCCCCCCGUCCCGUCGCCUCCUCCUCCUCCAUGAGCACCUCGGCGGCGGCCCCCGUCAGGCUGAUGCCCGGCGGGCACUCGGAGCAGGCGGCCACCGCCGCGCCGUCCCCCGCACUUCCCGGCACCCCUGCCGCAGACAGCCUCGCCGCUAAGGUACCCGGCGGCCCGGCGCCCUCCGCCGCCCCUCAGCCGCCGCGCCUGGCGGCUGGCACCGGCGGCCCCCCGGCUGUGCGGGUGGUCGCCACCGGGGGCCCACGGCCAGUGGCACCCAAGGGUCCGCCCGCGGCCACUCUCCAGUUACCGGCCAACUUCCAGCUCUCCCCAGGAGCAGUUCUUAUCAGAAGCAGUAGUGGUCAGCUAAUGCUAGUAUCUCAACAAGCAAUAGCACAAGCACAGAAUCAGCCACAAAAUAACACAAGUGUGAGACCAUCUGUACCGACCACCACACCUGCAAUCAGAAUAUGUGCUGUACAGAACUCUGCUACCCAGUUACUAAAGAAAGUAGCAGCUACUUCUGUGAAAACAGUAUCUCAGACAACAAAUGCUGUGGCUUCUACUGUUCAGCCACUUGCUGUAAUACAGACAGCAGCUGCAACAGCUAGUGUUACUACAGUUACUGCUGUAAAGCCUUCGAGUACUGGAACACCUGUAAAACUUCCAGUUACAGGACCACCUGCGCAUGCUAUCUCCCAAAAGGCAGUCUCUGUGAAAGCAGAGGGCACAGCAGUAGCACAGACCAGUGCUUCUACAGAAAUGCUAGAGAAUGUGAAGAAAUGCAAGAAUUUUCUUGCUACAUUAAUAAAACUGGCAUCUAAUGGACCUCAAGCCCCUGAGACAGGGCAGAAUGUGAAGAAUCUGGUGCAAAAUCUACUGGAAGCAAAAAUCGAACCAGAAGAAUUUACAAAAAAGCUAUACAUAGAGCUCAAGUCAUCUCCACAACCAUAUUUAGUUCCUUUUCUCAAGAAAAGCAUGUUUGCUUUACGGCAGCUAAUGCCCAAUGCUCAGAGCUUUAUCCAGCAGUGUAUGCAGCAGCCAGCUCCAACCCCAGAAGCUGUUUUGACUUGUAUCUCUGCAGCACCAGCUACUUUGAGAGGGGUGGUAACCUCAGCUGUAGCAACACCUUCUCUUCCAGUUCUAAAACCAGUAUCUGCCUCUGUAACAGUCACAGCCUCUCCAGUUAUAAAACCAGUCCUUGUCAGUGCAUCAGCAACGGCAUCUCUGCAGACCGUAAAGUCUGUUCCUUCCUCUGCAGUGGUGACAGCAUCUCUUCGGCCUGCAGCUUCAGUCCUCACCACCACGACAGCAACAUCAGGGCUGACUGCUAUCCAAACUGUCAAGCCAGUCUUCACCUCUGUGGUACCAACACCCACUCUCCAGUCUCCAAAGCCAGUGCUGGUCUCUACAGGGGCAUCUUCAGCAACGUCCCCUCUCCAGCAUCUAAAAUCAGUCACUGGAACCCCAAUCACUAUCAAAAUCUCACAGCCGAACUCCGUCGCUGCACAGUCAGUGAGUGCUCAGCAAGUGGUUAAAGUGAAACAGUUGGUAGUCCAACAACCGUCAGGGACGAUUGUAAAGCAAGUAUCUUCACUCCCUCAGCCCUCAACGCUGACCCUACAGACAUCUCAGAAAAGCAUGCCACUGAAUACACUUGUUCAAACUAGCCAGUUUCCUGCAGGUUCCAUUCUGAAACAAAUUCCCUUGCCAGGAAAUAAAAUUAUGUCGCUUCAAGCAUCUCCUGUUCAGAAAGCUGAAAUAAAAGCAAAUGGAGCAACAUCCUUCAGUAGAGUUGAAGAUGACAUAAAUGAUGUGACUUCUAUGGCUGGGGUCAGUCUUAACGAGGAGAAUGCGUGCAUUUUGGCAACAAACUCUGAGCUCAUUGGUACUGUGAUCCGCUCUUGUGCAGAUGAACCUUUUCUCUCCUCGGAAGCGCUUCAGAAGAAGAUCUUGAGCAUAGGUAAAAGGCAUGACAUUAUGGAACUUAACUCUGAUGUUGUGAACUUGAUCUCCCAUGCUACACAGGAGAGAUUACGAGGGCUCCUAGAAAAGCUAACUGUAAUUGCUCAGCACAGAGUGUCAACCCACAAGGGGAGUGAUAGCUACAUCGUAUCUAGUGACACCAGAGCACAGCUGAGAUUUCUUGAAGAGCUUGAUCACCUAGAAAAACGAAGAAGGGAUGAAGAGGAACGUGAAAUGUUGCUUCGAGCAGCCAAGAGCCGUUCCAAUAAAGAAGAUCCAGAGCAACUGCGGUUAAAGCAGAAAGCAAAAGAGAUGCAACAGUUGGAGUUAGCACAAAUACAACAAAGAGAAGCCAACCUCACAGCUUUGGCAGCCAUUGGAUCAAGGAAGAAAAGACCACUGGAUUCAGCAAACGUUGGAUCUGGGCUAGAGGGUUUGAAUGGCAAUGGAGUUGCUCCUGGAUCAUCAGGUUUUAGCCUUACGAAACAGCUGCUCUGUCCAAGAAUAACCCGUGUCUGUCUCAGGGACUUGAUAUUCUGCAUGGAACAAGAGAGGGAGAUGAAGCAUUCUCUAACCUUGUACCACGCUCUUCUGAAAUGAUUUGGAUUUUACACUUCACCUUGCUGUCUACUGCCAAAGAAAACACUGAAGCAUUGUUGCACUGUCUUGAAAUUCCAAUUUCUGGAAAAUGAUCCGUUGUAAGGAUAACUCUUGUUUACAGAUAAACAUUUUUAUUAAAUGCCUAAUCUAGCUAGGGGUUUUAAUAAUACUUGGCUUAAACCAGUCUCUAAACCAGUGAAAACACUGAGCUGCACACACAAGCACUUGACUACUACCUGCUUGCAUUUAACUGUCAUGCAGGGUCUGAGGGCUUGAUACGUGUCUCUAGUUCAUGUUUGUUGCUUUCUUCAGUGCUCCAGAGUCUGCCACAUCUGUUCUACAUGUAGUGCCUUCUUCAAAUCCAACUCUAUUUAGGGAACAAGUAACACUUUAAAUGCACUGCACAGCAUGGCAACUGUAAUCGUGAACCUGCAGUCAGUCCAUAUGCUAAUGUAUCACCUAUCAGGCUCAGCAUCUCCUUAAAUUUUCUGGGUUUAUAAUUACUACUGGAUGUUCAUUUGUGAAAAGCAAAGUAACAAGCAAAAGGAGUGUGGGGUGUUUUCUCCCCCUCGCCUUGCCUCAACUGCCUUCCCCCUUUCCUCUGAGAAACUGACUUGGGAAGGUGAACAAAUCGGUGGCUCUUGUGAUUCAAGUAUAUUAGACAGCGUAGUUAGGACAUACUUUGGGGAAAAUCUGGAGUUAGUAAACUUGAAUACAAGGAGUGAAAGAACCUGAAAAGGAAGACUAAACAGAAGAAACAGUUUAUCUUUCUGUAGCAUUCAACUUGAGCAUAGAUGUAGAAAAAAAUUAACAAAAGCAGCCUUUACUGACUACAAAAAGGGGAAAGCUUGAGGUGCAUUGUAACUUUGCAGCUGGAGACUCUCUUAAGGAGAAAAGCAGUCUUUACAAAGCACCGAAUUCACUGCUUUAUUGAGAAUACUGAUUUAAUACCUUAAUGUGCUGUAACAGGGAAAAUUACCAAAUAGAAAGUAUUUAGGCAGUUGCCUGGUUUCCAUUCAGUGAGAAGGAGGAGGACUCCAAAUUAUUAAGACUGCUAGGACAGAUACGGAGAUUUUGUACUUGCUUGGCUUGUGGUGGAAGGAAUACCCUCAGGGUCACCCUUCUCCCCAGCCUCCAAACUUUUUGCCUCCCAUGACACAGUGCUGUAUAGUAUGGCUGUUUCCCAGGAUUGGUGGGAAAGGCACUGACUUUAUUGAAUGGCUUCCUGCUGAAACUGUUUUCUUUCAAGAAAUGAGCUUCCUCUGGUUACUUGGCAUGCUACUUCAAAACUUGAAGCGAUGAUUCAAACACCUUCCACUUUCAGAACUACUGCAGAUAGUUACCAAGUUCAUUAAGUUUUGAAUCUGUUAUGGGUUGUUUUUUUUGUUGGAACAGUAGUAAACAAAUCUAGUAAGUGAAAGCUGUAAAUUAUUUAUAUAUGUAUAUAUAGCAUAUAUAUAUAUAUAAAAGAAGAGCAGUACUUUGAGUAAGCUAUAGUUUGCAAGAUAUUGAUGGCAUCAGUCAAAAUUGUUUUUGUAUAAUUAAAUGCUUAGCUUUACUUUUUAUGUAAAGUGCAGCAUUUUCCAUAUUUGUGUACUGUAUCUUAUUGAGCAGAUGUUUAAAAUUAUUUUAAAUACUGCAUCAAAGCAAUUAUUUUAUUAAAAAUAAUAAAUCAGUA